AUGUCUCAACAAUUCGAAGAAGAACAUAUUGAUCAUUCCGAUGAGCAAAGUCUAGUUGAAAGUAUUGAAAAAUUAUCAAUCCAUCAAGAAAAGAACAAUAACAAAUUUAACGGAGAGAAUCCAAACGUGAAAUGGAAAGCACUUUACUAUGAAGAUAUCAAGGAAAUUUAUGUUAAUAGAUAUGUGCCAUUGAAUCCUCCUAAUGAACCUAUUGAUGAAAAUAAUUGUCAUUUAUUUCCACAAAGAAGUGAUAAAUGGCUCGAGUUGAGAUCAAAUAGAAUUACUGCCUCUAGGUUGAGUAAAGCUCUCGGAUUCUUUUCUCCUGCAGCUGUGAAAAUGUUAGAUUUAUCAAAAUCAUUUUUAAAACAAGACAAGGAAACUGUUGGUACAAUUUAUGAAUCAAUUUUAACAAGGGAUGAAUUGAAAGAGUUGGGUAUGACAGAUGAGGAAAUUGAUCAACUUAAACAACCAUCCAAUGAAAAUCCAAAGGAGGAAAUUGUUAAGAGAGUUUUUAUGGAUUGGGGAUCUAAUCAUGAACUCAAUUGUGUUUCAACUAUUUUGAAUUCUCAUUUUGACUAUGACAUGUUUUGUGAAACUGGAUUUUAUAUCAUUACUGAAGAUAGAUUAAAUCAAGUUUUUACAAAGGAAGAUUUGGAAAAGUAUGAACUGAGCUUUGAAAAGUUGCCAGCUCUUGGUGCAUCCCCAGAUGGUCUUUUACAAUCUAUUGAUACUAAUGAAAUUCAUUCAUGUGUAGAAAUUAAGUGUCCAACAUGCUUUGUUGAAAAGUAUGUCAAGAAGGAGGACCGUGAGUCAGGUAGAGAUAUUCCACUCACCUUUUCCUACAUUAAGAAGAAACCCCAUGAAGAAGUUCCAGUUUAUUACAUUCCUCAAAUGUAUCUUCAAAUGAUAGCAACCAAUACUAAGCAAUGUUAUUAUUGCAGUUGGACUGUAACUCAAGGUUGUAACAUGUUUAAAGUUGAAUUUGACAAGGAUUUUGCUUUAGAAAUUCUGUAUUGGAUUUUUAAGCAUUAUGACCUUGUUAAAAAUCAAAAGAAACGUAUCACACCAGAUUGUUUCAUUUCUGAUGAAAGAUUUAUUCAAUUUUUGCAAAAGAGUUUGGAAAUUCAAAAAGGUAUCCAAUUUGUUAAAACCAUCGAAAAGAGUAUGGUUUAUGAAGGUAUAGACCCUGAAAGAAAGCACAUGUUUAAUGAUAACAAAUAA